UGCCGCCGCAGGUCUCGGCUUCCGGUUCCGCCGGGACCCAGGGACCGAAGCUGAUGGCGGCGUCCGGGAAAUUAGCAGCAGCUGGCGUUGCAGAAGCCGUGGAGGAAGAGGAUCCGCGGGUUCUGGAGCCCGGGGCCGCCCCGUUCGGAAAUUUCCCUCGCUAUUCCUGCUUCCACCCUCCCGAGCAAAGGCUCCGCCUGCUGCCCCCGGAGCUCCUUCGGCAGCUCUUUCCUCCCGCGGGUCCCGACACGAGGCCGAUCCUGGGGCUCGACGUGGGGUGUAACUCCGGGGAUCUGAGUGUGGCUCUGUACAAACAUUUCCUUUCUCUGCGUGAUGGGAAGACCUGCCCAGAAGCACCUGGAGAACUCCGCCUCCUCUGCUGUGACAUAGAUCCAGUCCUUGUGGCUCGAGCUAAGAAAGAAUGCCCUUUUCCUGAUGCCUUGACCUUUAUCACCUUGGACUUCAUGAAUCAUAGAACCAGGAAGGUUCUCUUGACUUCUUUCUUAAGCCAGUUUGGGCGUUCGGUUUUUGACAUUGGCUUCUGCAUGUCAGUAACCAUGUGGAUUCACCUGAACCACGGGGACCAAGGCCUGUGGGAGUUUCUGGCCCAUCUUUCCUCUCUCUGCUGCUACCUCCUUGUGGAGCCACAGCCUUGGAAGUGUUACCGGGCAGCUGCAAGGCGUCUCAGAAAGCUGGGACUCCAUGAUUUUGAUCACUUCCGCUCUCUCACCAUCCGGGGUGAUAUGGCAAAUCAGAUUGUGCAGAUCUUAACACAGGACCACGGGAUGGAAUUGGUGUGCUGCUUUGGCAACACCAGUUGGGACCGCAGCCUUCUGCUCUUCAGAGCAAAGCACACUGUGGAGAGUAAUCCCAUCCCUGAAUCAUUGAUAGAAGAGGCAGAAAGGAACAGAUUAAAACUAUGAAGACAAUGAAAUGGGAGGGUAAGAAGACCCACAAAUACCGAAAUGCUUCUAUGCUGAGAAGUACGUUCCCUGUCCUGAAGAGUCGGCCUCAAAACCUGUCAGAAACUUUUGACAAAGUAUCUCAGGCAAGCAACUGAAAGAAUCAGUGUCUGUGUUCCCUGUUCUUUGGGACAGUCCCUGAGGGGAGUGAAUUUGCAGAGCAGUGACCUAGGCAGUCUGCAUGGAGACCAUAGUCCUGGCUGUAGGAAAUGAACUGCUUUUGAGGUUAUCUGUGGUGCUGGAGAUUGAACUUAGGGUCUUGGGUGUGCUAGGCAAAUGGUCUGCCACUGAGCUGAUCUCCAGUUUUAGGGGUUAUUUAAAAAACUAAGACCAAGUUAAUCUUAGAAUGCAUCAUUCUCUGAGCUCCUUAAACCUGAUUGUUGCUUCAGGCAUUUUUCAGCCCUUCCUAUCUGCCUUAAGGCAAAGCCUCAUCAUGAAUUCUGUGAAGAGGUAUUAAACUGGCUAAAG